AUGGCGAAGUCAAACAACUCUUUUACUGCCCUCGCGCAAUUUUGGAACCCUGCUUACAGUUGCUUCACUUUCGGAGGAGUUGAUUUAGUACCUACGGUGGAGGAAUACAUGGUGUUACUUAAUUGCUCGAAGAUUCAGGCUGAUAGGGCUUAUUCAAGACCUGUCAACGUCCCUCCCUUUUUGAAGAAAUUAAUGAAUAUCACAGGGAUGAGCGAGCAAUUGAAAAAGGUUGAUGUUUUUGCCUUAAGCAUCUACGGUUUGAUCGUCUUUCCUAAAGCACUUGGACAUAUAGAUGAAGCCGUCUCAGAUUUAUUCGAUCGACUUGAUAAAGGUACCACACCCGUCCCGGCAAUCCUUGCAGAAACUUUUCGAUCCUUGAAUACAUACCGGAGAGCGGGCGAGGGAAGAUUUAUUGGUUGUGCACAGCUUCUUUUAGCUUGGUUCCACAGUCAUUUUUGGAAGGUGGAGAAGGUCUCCUAUCGGGUAUUCUCUAAGGAUUAUUCCCCAUUAAGAGAAUUAGUGGCCACAUCGAGGCGGGACGAUAUCUCCGAAGAGAGGUGGAUAACUAUUCUCCAAAAUUUACGGGCCGAAGACGUUGAAUGGAGGGCUCCGUGGUUGAUUCCUGACGAGAUCUUAUAUAGGUGCGGUGAUUUUGACUGGGUCCCUCUGGCUGGAAUAUGGGGAGCCAUUAGAUACGCUCUACUGAUGGUGUUAAGGCAGUAUCGAUCAGAACAGUUUAUACCGGUGACACAAGGGUUGGCCCAAUGUGAGUUUCCCUAUAAAGACAACAAUUAUAAGAAGAGGGUUCGCGAGAUAUCAGAUGCAUGGAACCAAACUCGAAGAAUGAAAGGAUUCACCGCGGGCCCGAUGACGACCCCCGAGUAUGAAUGGUGGUGA